GACUGAGUGGAAGAUGUACACGUCAUCCUUGCUACAGUCUCACUCGUUGAAGCCUUUUAUUGUAUACCAGGUCGUGGUAUCCAUCCAAUCCACAAACAAUGCUGCAGUAAUUGCUAUAGAUAACUUUGUCGUGUCAUCAGCAGCCUGCAACUCUCUCGGAUCGUUGAAUGGCAGAUCACAGACACGAUCAUCAAGGAGUAGUAACCGUUCUGGUAUGGCUGCUGGUAUCAUUAUCCUCAUCCUCAUCAUCGUGGCUGUCUUGGCUGUCUUGCUUUUCAUCUAUCGUAGUCGCAUCCAAUCCAUAGUUCAUCGCUGUUCUCAGUCCGUCACCGAGAUGAAUUAUAAACGUCACGAUGUCGCCUUUGUCAACGAAGACAAGAAAGAAGCGGUAGAGAUUCCAACCAUCAUUACUCAAGAACUGGAUGCACCCGAGUCUUCCGUUGUCGAUGGAUAGUCUGUCAUCAAUGCCGAUAAGAAGAGGAACAUUGCCCGUGUCUGUGAUAGAGGAUGGAUGGAUGGGCAUGUCUUGGUGCAAACAUGCUUUAGGUGGACCAUUCAGACUGACACUUUAAAGAAUAUCUCAUCAUGACUUACUAAAGUGUCUCGUAGUUUUUAGAAAUUCAAAAGUCUAGAUACAUGAAAUGUUGUUAUGCCUUUCUCCAGGUGUUUUCUUUAAUGAACCUAGCAAAUACAGGUUUAUCAUGUAAUAUAUAUUUCAUAUAGGCUGGUAAUCAAGCAUAACAUGUGAUUCUCUUACAUUGUGGAAACAAAUAUAUAUAUAUAUGUAUAGAGAUGGUGUGCAGAAAUGAAAGAGAAACUUCAGUAUUCGAUGCCCUUCAAUAAUCUAUAAUGUAAAAACAUUGUACCACUCAUCAACUCAAUGCACAGCGUACUGUUUGCCUAAUAAUAUAACAUUUUGGUGGUGCCACUCAAAGAGAAGAAGUCCAGGACUCCCACCUUGAACAGACUUUGGGCGAAUGUUGCUCCGAAAUAUAGCUACGCUUACUAUCUGCUUACCUCUUGGUAUCUACGUACCUUUUACUAUCUGCGUACCACUUAUACUAUCUUGGUACCUCUUACUAUCUGCGUACAUCUUACUUUCUGCGUACCUCUUACUAUCUGCGUACCUCUUACUUUCUGCGUACCUCUUACUUUCUGCGCACCUCUUAAUUAUCUGCGUACCUCUUACUAUAUGCGUACCUCUUACUACCUGCGUACCUCUUACUAUCUGUGUACCCCUUACUAUCUGCGUACCCCUUACUAUCUGCGUACCUCUUACUUUCUGCGUACCUCUUACUAUCUGCGUACCUCUUACUAUCUGCGUACCUCUUACUAUCUGCGUACCUCGUACUAUCUGCGUACCUCUUACUUUCUGCGUACAUCUUGCUAUCUGCGUACCUCUUACUAUCUAAGUACCUCUUACUAUCUUCGUACCUCUUACUAUAUGCGUACCUCUUACUAUCUGCGUACCUCUUACUGUCUGCGUACCUCUUACUGUCUGCGUACUUCUUAAUUUCUGCGUACCUCUUACUUUCUGCGCACCUCUUACUAUCUGCGUACAUCUUACUAUCUGCGUACCUCUUACUAUCUGCGUACCUCUUACUAUCUGCGUACCUAUUACUAUAUGCGUAACUCUUACUUUCUGCGUACCUAUAUGCGUACCUCUGUGAUAUCAGAGGAAGAGGUGAAGGAGUACGGACAUUUUUUUGUUUAAUGUCGAUACUCUUUACAGUAUUUCAGGGCACUAGAAAUAUCUUUCACGAUGAUUGUAUUACAACUUACAAGAAUGUUACUGUAUUGUUUUCUUGCUAAGGGGACAGAACAAAUAUUGCACUCCCUUAUUUAGAGAGAAAUACCUGCCCUAACUCGCCAAUUCGGGGCCUUGUAAAGUACUAGAAACACUGUAUCCACAAUUUAUGAGGGAUCGUAGCGACCGAACUAGAAAAUAUGAGUUUAAAGCAUUAAUUUGAGACUGCGUUUUAGAACAAGAGAAAACUUGUUAAACAUGUUUGUAUAUCGAAAUCAAUUCACGUUAUUUUCUGCUUUAUUUCCUUGUUCAUGCGAGGGGACCCAAUGGGGAGGUCAAAAUCGAUUACUGCAAACAAGAACAUAGAUAUUAUUGCAAGUUGUUACGUCACUCUUAUGGAACACCAUAGAAAGCUUAUCGUUAAAUUAAAAACGAUUAAGCUACCCCUUUGAUAAAGGUCCCUCAUUUCUCUCCUUGGUAUGGAGUGGCAAAUGUAGAUUAAUGUAGAUUAAUUAGUACCGUAUCGGGAUCGAUCUCGGGACCUUUGCACUUCCAGCCAAGUGCUUAAACCACUACGACAAGUUCUUAACCCUUA